AUGUCGUCCGUUCAGCUCAAGUUCUCUCUUCGGACCUCCUCCAAUGUCAAGACCGUCCACCUGGUCGGUUCGUGGGACAACUACUCCCGCCAGAUCCCCCUCUCGCGCGAUGAGAACAAGUCCGGCUCGUGGGUGGGCAAGUUCCGCUUCCAGACUUCCAUGCUCAAGUUGGGUGGCCGGUACUGGUACUACUAUAUCAUGGAUGGCUAUCACGUCUCCCAUGACCCUGCUGUUGAAUAUACGGUGGAGCCCACCACUGGCCGCAAACUCAACAUCCUGGAUGUUCCCGGCGGCAAGUCCUCCAGCUCUUCCUCAGCCCCUAGUAAGAGCCACCGUCGGACUUCGGUGGCCUCGGAAGUGGUCAAGGGCCGGGCUCUCUCGCCAUCCAAGAUCCAGCACCCCAAGCCCUCCAAGCCCUACGCCUCUCGCCAGAUCCGGGAGACCGACUUUGUCGGUGGGCCUCCCACCAUGGACGAUCUGACCCGGCGGUUUGCGGGAUCCCGUCUCUCGGACGACUACUCCCUCUCCAACAGCCCGCCCAGCUCUGCGGGCAGCUCGCUGUCGUCCCGCUCCUCGGGCAGUACCUCUCCCUCGUCGCUCAGUUCCAUGAGUGACCCCCCGACCCCGAUCUGCCGGUGUGAGCGCUAUGGGAUCACCCGCAAGGGAGACCGUGUCAAGCUCGACUGUGGAGGCAGUCGCUGCGGGUAUGUGACCGAGUCCUCGGAGGCGAGUUGCUCCGAGUCGGAGGACAGUGAUGAGGAGUACAGACGGGCUCGGAGUGCCGUCAGAAGGCAGGGAAUUGUUGUCCGGAGAUAG